AUGGUCAUGGGUGCCAUUGGUUCUAAUUUUGUCCCUAAUUAUGGUGAAAAUGAGGAGGAAACACCAGAUCCAAAAACUCAAAGAUUAUAUGCCAUGCUUCAAGCAGCCGAUGAGCCAUUGUGGGCAAAGAAGUGUUAUGAUGCAAUAUUGCAAUUAAUGAAUGAAGCAUUACCAACUGAUAAUAAAUUGGUUGGCAGUUUUUAUGAAACAAAGAAGUUUGCUGCAGAGUUAGGUCUUCCAUGUGAGAAAAUCCAUUGUUGUAUUAAUGGAUGCAUGAUAUAUUGGGAUAACGAUAUCGAUAGAAGAAGUUGCAAGUUUUGUGAUCAUCCUCGAUAUAAAAAUAGACAAAGAGCAUCUCCAAGAGGGAAAAUUGAUAUACCAUAUCAAAAGAUGUACUAUUUUCCUCUUACACCCAGACUACAAAGAUUGUAUGCUUCAGAAGUUACAGCUAAGUAUAUGAGAUGGCAUGAUAAACAUAAUAGAAAAGAUGGUGUUAUGUGCCAUCCAUCUGAUGCAAAGGCAUGGAAACAUUUUGAUCGAACAAAUCCAUCUUUUGCAUUAGAGGCUCGAAAUGUAAGACUGGGAUUAUGUACAGAUGGAUUUCAACCAUUUGGGCAAUUAGGUAAGCAAUAUUCUUGUUGGCCUAUUAUUGUGACUCCAUAUAAUUUGCCACCAUGGAUGUGCAUGAAAGAGCCUUACAUGUUUUUGACUAUUAUUGUACCUGGCCCAAGAAAUCCGAAACAGAAGUUAGAUGUAUACUUGCAACCUUUGAUAGCAGAAUUAAAAGAUCUUUGGGAUGUUGGUGUUCUCACAUAUGAUGUUUCAAAAAGGCACAAUUUUCUUAAGAGAUCUACACUUAUGUGGACCAUUAGUGACUUUCCAGCUUAUGUAAUGUUGUCUGGGUGGAGUACAGCAUGCAAAAAAGCUUGUCCAUAUUGUAUGGAUAAAUCAAAAGCAUUUAGCCUUUUCAAUGGUGUAAAAGUUUCUUGGUUUGAUUGUCAUCGUCAAUUUCUACCAGAACAUCAUACGUUUAGAAGAAAUAAAAAUGAUUUCAUGAAGAAUAGAAUUGAAGAAUCUCCACCUCCUCUUAUGUUGACUGGAAAACAAGUUUUAAAGCAAAUUGAGGAUUUAAAAUUGAAGAAAGUAACAGAUCUUGGUGCUGAACAAUGGAAUGCUCCAAUUUGCAAGUCAUGUGGUUGGAACAAACGCAGUAUUUUUUGGGAUUUGCCAUAUUGGACUACUAAUCUCGUCCGUUAUAAUCUUGAUGUCAUGCACAUCGAGAAAAAUAUUUUUGAGAAUGUGUUUGAUACAGUGAUGGAUGUUGAAGGAAAAACAAAGGAUAAUGCAAAAUCGAGAGAGGAUAUAAAAAUUUAUUGCAGGCGUAAGGAGUUGGAGAAAAAUGAUUCAACUGGCAAAUAUCCCAAAGCUUGUUAUAGUUUGAGCACACAAGAAAAAAAGAUUGUGUGUGAUUGGGUGACAAAACUCAAGUUUCCAGAUGGGUAUGUUUCAAACAUGGCAAGGUGUGUGGAUAUGCGCAAAUAUAAGCUUUUUGGGAUGAAAAGUCAUGAUUGCCAUGUGUUUAUGCAACAGUUAAUUCCAAUUGUUUUUCGUGAAUUAUUGCCAAUGUCUAUGUGGAAAGCAUUAACUGAGUUGAGCUUGUUCUUUAAAGACCUUACAUGCACUGUGAUUAAAGAAGAAGAUAUGAUUAGACUCCAUGAAAAUAUCCCUAUGAUUUUGUGUAAACGAGAACGAAUAUUUCCUCCUAGCUUUUUUGAUUCUAUGGAGCAUCUUCCUAUUCACUUACCUUAUGAAGCAAGAGUUGGGGGACCUGUUCAAUAUCGUUGGAUGCAUCCUUUUGAGAGGAUAUUUGUGGAAGAAUUAAAGGUAAAUGUGCCAAAUAUGAUUGAUGAGCAAGUUGAUAUUAAGCUCGAGACUAAAUUUGCCAAUUGGUUUAGAUGUUAUGUACAUGAUCCAAACAAUAAUGUCACUAGUCAAAUCAUGAAGGAUGUUGCUUUGGGGCCUUUAAGAAAUGUGAUUAAUUAUCCCAUGUAUUUUGUCAAUGGGUUUAAGUUCCAUACAAGCGAUUAUAGUGUGGGAAAAUCAACCAUCAACAGUGGAGUGUGCAUCAAAGGUUCUAAUUACAGUGAGCUAUCAAAUGAUUAUUAUGGUAUUUUAAAGGAAAUUAUCAAAUUAGAUUAUCCAGCACUUCCAAUUAAAAAGGUUGUCCUCUUCAAGUGCGACUGGUUUGAUCCAACUCCAAAUGUUGGGAAGAAAGUUCAUAAGGACUACAAUCUUGUUAAUAUCAACUAUAAAAGAAGGUUUAACAAAUAUGAACCUUUCAUUUUGGUGGAACAAGCACUUCAAGUAUAUUAUGCACCUUAUCCAAGUAUGAAGCGUGACAAGGUUGACUGGUGGGCUGUGUGUAGAAUUAAAUCUAGAUCAGUUAUUGAGAUCCCUAUAACUGAUUUGCCAUUCCAAGAUGAUGAGGUAGAAGUGCAUUCGAUUGAUACGACUGAUGAUACAAUAAUACCUUUAAAUGAUUAUGUUGACUUAGAAGAUGCUGUUGAACCUGAUUUGCAAGAAACAGAAAUGGAAGAUGAUGAAGAUGAUGAAGAUGAUGAAGAUGAUAACAUGUCUAUUGAUAGUGAAUAG